AUGAGUCCCACAUUUUUUGAUGACUUCAAGACAUACGUGUACAGUGAUGAAUGGCAGAUGUUCAUAAAGAGCUAUGUGAGUAUGUGCACAAUUGGAAGACAUUCAUAGAGAGUGUGUCCAGUGAUGAAUUGUAGACAUACGUCGAAUAUGUGUACAUUGGCAGACAUUCAUAGAAUGUGUGUACAGUGAUGAAUGGCAGACAUUCCCAGAAUAUUUUUACAGUGAUGAAUAGCGUCAUAUAUUUGUUGCCGUGGCUCUUGUAGGUCGGACCCCAAAUGACCCACUUCAUUGAGAUGAACUUUUAG